AGAAUUCCAGUGAGCCAGAACUUAUAAGAAUAGUGAAUAUACUGCAGUUGGAAUAUUCAAUUCAAUUAUCGAUGAUAUAUCACUACGAAGGAAUCAAAGUUGUAAAGCAAGGCUCAUAUGUCAUUUUUGAAGAAACCAAGUAUGUGAGAGCUAAGGAUAAAUCAGUCGUGAAGUUUGACCAUUACAUGAAAUUUCAAGAGGUUAAUCCGGCAAGAAAAGCAUUGAAGUCAAUCACUGGUUCUAUUUCAUUGAGACUCCUAGAUGAAGUAAUGAAAAUGACCAAGCCAUCUUCUAAUGGUAUUUCAUACUUGAUUGGUGUCAAGUGGCAGGACACGCUUCCAGUGACCAAUAAUCAUUCAGUACACGCACGCAUAGGUGUAGGUUCUGUUAAUGAUGAAAGCAUCCUGGAUUCGGAUGGGUACAACUCCUGCUGA